AUGUCUCGCAUUCAGAUCCCGCUCGACGUUAUUACGUCCCGCCUCAACUUUGGCGACCGCUUCCAGAGCCUUCGAUCUGGUCCUCUCAGCGGCCGCUUCUCCAACCUGCGACCUGUCAACGAGUUCCUCGACUUCAAGCGUCUCUCCAAGCCUAACAACUUUGUUGAGAUGCAGUCGCGAGUCAACUACAACCUGAGCCACUACUCUAGCAACUAUGCUGUCGUCUUUGUUAUGCUCAGUAUCUAUGCCCUCCUCACCAACUGGUUGUUGCUCUUCGACAUCAUCCUUGUGGUUGUGGGCAUGUGGUUCAUUGGAAAGCUCGACGGACAUGAUCUUGAAAUUGGCACCUUCCGUGCCUCGUGUUCGCAGCUUUACACUGCACUUGUUUGUGUCGCCGUGCCUCUGGGUCUGAUUGCUUCGCCUUUCUCGACCCUGCUCUGGCUCAUUGGCGCAUCUGGCGUGACCAUCCUCGGUCACGCUGCAUUUUUGGAUAAGCCCAUCGAUGAGGCUUUUUCCGGGGAGGCGAGGAGAACAGAAGGGGGUGCUGCGUCUCGCGGACGUCCAGGGGGAGACGUCCGUGUGGAGGAAUUGGAUUCAGGCGACGAUGCACGAGGUGUCGGUGCUUCGUCAGGAUCUCGCUUUGCGAGUGACCCUCUUCGUUUUACCGGAAUGGAUGUGGGCAACUCUGAACGGGGCUUGGUACGCAGGGGUCAUUAUGAUGACUCGGAGGAUUCAGAAGAUGAUAGCGAAAGCAGUGAGGAUGAGGAGUUCGAGCAAUAUAUUGCAGAGCUAGCUUCUCAUGAUCCAGAGGAGGCGCUGGUACAGUCGGCGAUGCACCGCAUCGAACGUGCAAAGGCCAGGGGAAGAACAGACGUUGAUCUCAACGAUGAAGAAAUUGCAGCUUUGGAGCGACGACGCAAGCGAGACGAGGCCGCCAAGAAGAAGAAGAGCAGCAAGAAGCGCACCAAGGACCCGUCACGAGUCGCUGUGCCUCUGACCCAGCUCGAGUCUACAUCAUCACGCAAAAAGAAGGAAUCAUUCACAAGCCAGUCAAGACAGCCAUCUCGAUCGAACAGCAAUCUCACUGAGGGUCAUACGCGCUCUUCUGUGAGCAGCCUUCCUCCAACAGCAACAGCAGGCCGACCACGCUCAGGCACUACUACCUCAUCUCAAAGUCGAGUGAGGGCGCCAUCAGCUAGUCGACAGCCUUCUGACAGUUCAGUUGUUCGCCGAGGCAGGAACUCAAGCCAAGCCCCCUCGGAUCCUUUCCAGUUCCAAGUUGCAGGUGCACAGCGCAACUCUGGAUCCCGAAAGAGCUCUCGCCAAGUUCAUGAUGAUGGCACAAGUGAGAGCGAGGACAGCGAGGAGGAGUAUGAUGGAAGGGAAGAUUCAAUCGAGACGACUUCCAGUGAUGGCAGCGGUGCUCAGAUUGUUGUUGAAGAAUCAUCUCCUGAGCCUGUCAAGCCCGAGUCUACCAGGAGAAAUCCUACCCGAUCUUCUACUUCGUCCUCUACAUCCAAGCGAAAGACGACAACAACAACACCCAGUGCACGCCGGAAGAAGUAA